CCCACGCUCCCUUCGCUCCUCCCGUGUUGCAAGCAGACGUGUACUCAUCCCAUUGUUGACCUCUGUCGGCUUUCUGGGCUGCUAGCUUUGUUUGCGUCCCAUUGCCGCCGUCGCGCGCUUUUGCUGUAACGGCCCGAGAAGACAGGAACUCCGUGGUCCAGCUUCGAAUUGGUGGCAUUGAGCCCCUACAGCGGCCAGCAUGCGCACCGCAGCCCUCAGAGCAGCUUCGACGCUGGCUCGAGCCACCCGCUCGCCGCGCGUGGGCUACUGCGCCCAGAGCCGCGUGCUGAGGCUCUUCUCGACGUCGCCCGCUCCUCGCAAUGCCGCCUUGAGCCCUACCGCCGCGCGAGACUUCAAGGCGACCGGCCCCGAGGACGUCCUGGAGUCGAAGCAGGACCCUUCACAGUCAGUCUUGGCCUUCACCGACGUCGACACCUUCCCCCGCAGACAUAUUGGCCCGUCUGCAUCGUCUGUGCAAGAGAUGCUUGCGGCGCUUGACCCGCCCGUUGCCACCCUGGAUGAUUUCGUCAGGCAGGUUGUCCCGGAGAGCAUCCUCUCUGAACGUUCCCUCGAGAUUGGUUCCAUCCAUGACGGGGUCAGUUCUGACCAAAGUCCCAAAGCAACCCAAGGAGCUUGGAACGAAAACGGAGUCCCCGAAAGCAUUUUCCUUAGGCAAGGCAAAAAGAUAUUCGAUGCGAAUCAGCCUGGCGUGAGCUACAUUGGACAAGGAUACUAUGGCACAAAGGUUCCGGAAGUCAUCAAGCGAAAUGUUUUGGAAAACCCAGCGUGGUAUACCAGCUAUACGCCCUACCAGCCAGAGAUCAGCCAGGGUCGUCUGGAGUCACUGCUCAACUUCCAGACCAUGGUAACCGACCUCACCGGCCUGUCCAUCGCAAAUGCUUCUGUGCUCGACGAACCGACCGCCGCCGCCGAAGCCAUGACCUUGUCGUUGGGGCAACUUCCGGCCUCGCGUCAGAAGCGCCAGAACAAGACCCUUUUCGUUUCCGACCGCUGCCAUCCCCAGACCAUCGAGGUGCUUCGUUCCCGAGCCGAUGGUUUUGGUAUCAAGAUUGAGACGGGAAAUGUGUUGGCCAACAACUGCGCGAGGGUCGGAGAGCUUGGUGAUGAUCUCGUGGGUGUCCUUGCGCAAUACCCAGACACCGAAGGCGCUGUCGAGGACUUCCGUGAGCUGGCAGACAAGGUGCACAAGCAUGGCGCUCUCUUCAGUGUGGCCACGGAUCUGCUUGCUCUUACCCAACUAACUCCCCCCGGAGAGUUUGGCGCCGAUAUUGCCUUUGGAAACGCACAGCGCUUUGGUGUGCCUUUUGGAUUCGGUGGCCCCCACGCGGCCUUCUUUGCUACCUCCGACAAGAUCAAGCGUAAGAUGCCAGGACGUAUCAUUGGUCUCUCCAAGGACAGGCUUGGUAACCCGGCGGCGAGAUUGGCGCUGCAGACACGCGAGCAACACAUCCGUCGCGAAAAGGCGACUAGCAACAUUUGCACUGCCCAAGCUUUGUUAGCAAAUAUGAGUGCCAUGUACGCAGUAUAUCACGGCCCGGAGGGAUUGAAGAACAUUGCGAGACAGGUCGUUGCCAUGACUCGGAGUACGCAGCAAGCCAUAAUACACUAUGGCUUCAAGACUGGACAGAGGGGCAACCUGAAUGACGCACCUGCGGCGUUUGACACCUUUGUGGUCGCUACUGGAGACAAGACCCGCCAAAUCCUCAAGAUGGCUCACGCCCAUGGUGACUGGGUCCGCAAGCUCGACGAUCAACAUAUUGCACUUUCAUUCGGCGAAACUUCCAUCAGCAGAGAGGUUAAGCGUCUGCUAAGCCAUUUCCGUAAAGCUGCUGACGAGGAGCCCCCCACGAGAAAGAACAUCAUUGCACAGGUUGCUGUCGACCCUCCGACCGGUUUCCGACGUACAAGCGAGUUCCUUACCCACCCAGUCUUCAACUCGCACCAUUCCGAGACAGAGUUGCUACGCUACAUCCACCACUUGCAGUCAAAGGACCUCUCCCUGGUACACUCCAUGAUCCCGUUAGGAUCGUGCACCAUGAAACUGAACGCGACUGCUGAAAUGGCGCCGGUAUCAUGGACCAAAGUGAACAACAUGCACCCGUUCAUGCCGCUGGACGCGACUGAAGGCUAUCAGACCAUGAUCAAGCAAUUGGAAGGGGAUCUCGCCAAUAUAACAGGCUUCCAUUCCGUAUCGCUUCAGCCCAAUUCCGGAGCCCAGGGAGAGUUCGCAGGAUUGCGCGUCAUCCGCAAAUACCAGGAGCAGCAGCCCGGCCAGAAGCGUGACAUCUGCUUGAUCCCCAAGUCUGCGCAUGGCACUAACCCGGCCAGUGCCGCGAUGGCAGGCAUGCGGGUUGUAACGAUCAACUGUGAUACGGUCACUGGCAACCUUGAUAUGGCCGAUCUUGAGGCCAAGUGCAAGAAGCAUGCGGAAGAGCUCGGCGCAAUUAUGAUCACCUACCCCAGCACAUUCGGUGUUUUCGAGCCCCAGAUCAAAGAGGUCUGCGACAUGAUCCACCAAUAUGGCGGCCAGGUGUAUAUGGACGGCGCCAACAUGAAUGCCCAAAUCGGUCUCUGCUCACCCGGCGAAAUCGGCGCCGACGUAUGCCAUCUCAACCUCCACAAGACGUUCUGUAUUCCCCACGGCGGCGGUGGCCCCGGUGUCGGUCCCAUCGGCGUCAAAGAACACCUUACGCCCUUCCUCCCCGGCCAUCUGCGGAAUGAAACCGGCGGCGACAAGGCCAUCUACCCUGUCAGCGGCGCUCCUUGGGGCAGCGCCAGCAUCCUCCCCAUCAGCUGGGCCUACAUCAAGAUGAUGGGCUCCGUCGGCCUCACCCAAGCCACCAAAAUCACGCUCCUCAACGCAAAUUACAUCCUCGCGCGCCUCAAGCCGCACUACCCCAUCGUCUACACCAAUGAUAAGGGCCGCUGUGCGCACGAGUUCAUCCUCGAUAUUCGCAAGUUCAAGGAAACCGCCGGCAUCGAAGCCAUCGACGUCGCCAAGCGCCUCCAAGACUACGGCUUCCACGCGCCCACCAUGUCCUGGCCUGUCCCCAACACCCUCAUGAUCGAGCCCACCGAGAGCGAGAGUAAGCAGGAGCUCGACCGCUUCUGCAACGCACUCAUCAGCAUCCGCAAAGAGAUUGCGGCUGUUGAGAACGGCAAGAUGCCCCGCGACGGCAACGUCCUCAAGAUGGCGCCACACAGCCAGCUCGAUCUGCUGACGGGCGAGUGGGACCGCCCGUACACCCGCGAGCAGGCCGCGUAUCCGCUGCCGUACCUCAAGGAGAAGAAGUUCUGGCCGGCCGUCACCAGAGUCGACGAUGUCUGGGGCGACUCCAACCUCUUCUGCUCGUGCGCACCCCCCAGUGACGGCGAGGAGGACAUCAACAAAGCCAUUGACGCGCCGCAGCCGACGUAGUCUCCCAUCCCUCCUUCUCCUUCUCUUCCUUCCUACCUUCCCCCCGGAUCCGCUUCAACCUGAUCCGGACCCGAUCUGACUGAUAUACCUGUACAUAUGUGCUUCUGUUCUGGGCAUUUGCAUUACAUUACGGAAAUGUACUCUUCAACAGCGCUGGCGUUUGGGGUCUGUCGCAUCAACCGGGCGGUGUACCCGAGCCUUCCUCAUCGUUUUCAACACGUGGGGUGACUGGUGGCAUUUAUCGAUAGACAAAACAUUUGGUUCGACU